AUAAAUUUGACACGGGAAUGAACAAAUUGGGAAACACCUACACUAUAUUUAGACGAUUACAUGAAAACGUAAAUCCAUGCCCAAAUAUAUGUGUUUUACAGGUCAGUCCUUCACUCGCCAUCAUGUUCAUUUCGGAUUCUGAUUUUCCUUCCCCGUCAUCCAGGUCUCUCCAGGCCAAUCAACAUGCCCCUUUUGGCCAGGAUCAGAGCAAAUCCGACCCGCCUCAGCCGUCAUAUGCAGCCAUAACCAACCAAAAGCGACGCCGGCUGAGGAAGCAAUUCCCUUCUCCUCCCCCUGUGUUACGGGGCCCUAGGGUUAAGUUGGAGGAGAACAUUAUGGCCUUGUGCCAUUGUCAGGUCUCUGACCAAGGGUUUGCCGGCGCUACUAAUAUGGUCGGCCCUGCCAUUGAACUCCGGCGACCCACUAAGACUGAAACCGCCCUGGACACUCCUCCAGGGUUCUUCACCGUCCACUUGGCCUCGUUGAAGAAGGGGUUACGGUUUCCCCUGCAUUCUUUGUUGGUGGAGUUCCUUAACGAAGUGGAUCUCCUCCCCUGCUAACUAGUCCCUAAUUCUCAUCCAUACAUCGCGGGCUACUUGAUUAAAAGUUAAAAGGCCAAGGUGACCCCCACCCUAGACCACUUCCUGCUUACCUUCAAGCUUGCCAAGGGCCACAAGGACUGGGCCUCCGACCCUAGUCUUUCCCAGCGGUCGAGCAAGCUUUUCACCAGUGACAAGAAGGGGUCGCCCAAGGAUUAGAAACCCUU